AUGGUCGCAACAGUACGGCUACUGGCCUUUGCAGAAGUCACGAUUGUUGCCUCUAGCACCGUUUAUAAUUUUGAUGCGACACAUUAUGAUGCCCAAGAUGUCAUAACUCGAGAUGUCGCGGUGAUUGGAGGGGGCUCGUCGGGGACGUAUGCCGCUGUCAAUUUGCAAGCUCUAGGACACAGCGUGGUCCUUAUCGAGAAGGAGGCUGUUCUCGGUGGCCAUGUCAACACAUAUACCGAUCCCACUACGGGAGUGACGGUCGACUACGGGGUGCAGGCGUUCUGGAACAGCACAACCACAUGGGAUUACUUCAAGCUGCUCGGCAUUUCCGGGGAACCUUAUUCCAUCGCCCCUUUGACGAACGCAUUCUAUGACUUUGCGACGGGCACACCCUUGAUGGUGAAAACAGCAAACAACUUCACCGCAUACGCAGAGCAGCUCGACAAGUAUCCGUAUCUUGCGUACAGCUGGAAUCUCCCAGAUCCUGUUCCUGAGGACCUCGUUUUGCCAUUCCAGACCUUCGUUGCCAAAUACAAUCUGUCCAACUUAGCAUAUACCGCCUACUUCUACAGUCAGGGCCUCACAAACUUCUUGCAACAGUUGACCAUCAAUGUGUUCAAGAUGUUUGACUCGACGCUGCUCUCUGGCUUAGCCGGCCACGACGUGGUGCCUCCAAACCACAACAACAAAUUGAUCUUCGAGAAAGGCUUCGACAGGCUAGGUUCUUCCAACGUGCUUUUGUCUUCCACAAUCCUUGCCGCUAAACGGCCUACUGAUGAGACUGAGGUGCUCUUGGUGGCUAAGACGCCUACGGGAAACAAGCUCAUCGUAGUGUCGAAACUUGUCAUCAGCAUUCCUCCCCUUCUGGAGAACAUGCAGUCAUUCGACCUAAACGAGAAGGAGGAAUCAAUAUUUUCUCAGUGGACGUAUAGCAGUUACUACACCAUGCUGGUGAACAAUACCGGACUCCCCUCCGGGUAUCGGUUUAUGAAUGCCAAUUCCAGCACGGCCACCCACAAUAUCCCUGAAUUGCCGGCACCUUAUCAAAUCACCGAAUCGAGAAUCCCUGGGCUGUGGUACGUAUGGUAUGGGAGCCCCAGCCCCCUGACGCAAGCGGAGAUUCAAGCCGACGUGGCAAAUAUAAUCAAGCGACUCCAAGCUACUGCACCCAUUUACUCUCCUCGCCCGUCUCCUGAGUUUGUCGAGUUCCGCAGCCAUACCCCGUUCAAGCUGGAGGUGUCAAAACAAGCCCUUCAGAGCGGAUUCUACAAUCGACUGAACAGUCUUCAGGGCGAGCGCCAUACCUGGUAUACGGGUGCUGCAUUUAUCUCUCAGGCUUCUGGGAUACUUUGGAACUAUACUCACUCGCUCCUGCCAGAUAUUAUUGGGAAUUGA